UAAAUAAAUAAGAAAUCAUAAAACUCGACUCAACUAUAAGCAGAAAGCCAGUGCGAGAAAAAAAGAGAGGCAAAAGCUAGGGUUUGGGAAUUUCUCUUCUUCCCUACGAGCUUUGCAUAUAUAUAUUUCUCGAAUCGAAGAUAAUUAGGGAUUUUGCCGGAAAUAAUUGGGGAUUUGCCGAGAUAAUUAGGGAUUUUACCGGAGAUAAUCGAAGUUACUGUAUCCCCGUUGCCUCCGGUGUGGUGUGUGUUGCUUUUUCCUUCUGAUUGACUAUCUUCUAAUGGAAGAGAAGCACAAGUCGAAGAGAGAGGAGGAAUCGAAGAAGCGUCACCGUGAUAAGGAGGAUCGAGGAGAUCGUGACAAGCAUAGGGACAGAGACCACCAUCGUUCCUCAUCCGAUAAGAAGGAUCGAGAGAAAAGCAGCCGCUAUGAUAGAGAGAAAAGCGCCGAUGAAAAGUACGGCGAGAGGGAUAGGGAUAGAGAUAGAGAUAGGGCAAAGCACAAGGAUAGACACAAGGAUAAGGAGCGUGAAAAAAGCAAGGGCCGUGAUGAUAAUGACGAUGAAAGACCUAGUAGAGAUAAAGUUAAAGAGCGAGAAAAAAAGGAUAAGGAAGAUCGUGAAAACAGAGAGAGGGAGAGGGAGAGGGAUAAAGAGAAAGAGAGGGAGAAGAAGAGAGAUCGAGAGAGGAGGGAGAAAGAGAAAGAGAGAGAAAAGGAGAGGAGAGAAAGAGAGAGAGAAAAGGAGCGGAACAGGGAGAAGGAUAGACACCGCGAAGUAGAAAAUGGUAGCGAUGAUGAAGUUGAUGCCAAGGAUCGAGAUAGAAAGAGGCGAAAGAGAAAUGAUGAUGAUCAUAAGGAGAGGGAGAGGGAUCGUGAAAGGAGUAGCAAAUCCAACAACAAGCUCAGGGAAGAUAGCACUGAUGAAGUAUUAGCAGAAGAAAAGAAUGAGAAGAGCCGAGAAGAGGAUUUUGCUGAGGAGCAAAGGAAAUUAGAGGAUGAGAUGGAGAAGCGAAGGAGGAGAGUUCAAGAAUGGCAAGAGCUAAAGAGAAAAAAAGAGGAAUCCGAACGGGAGCAGCUUGGUGUUGCUGCAGGUGCUGAAGAAGAACCUAAAUUGGGCAAAACUUGGACUUUGGAAGGAGAAUCUGACGAUGAAGAUGCUGAGGGGAAACAUGGCAUGGAUAUUGAUGUGGAUGAUAAUGGCAAGGCGAUGGAUGAUGAUUAUGGUGCGGACAAGGCGGUUAGUUCCCCUGUAAUUCAGAAUGGCAAUGAUGAGUUAAUGGGGGACGACUAUGACAUUGACCCGUUGGAUGCUUUUAUGAACUCUAUGGUUUUGCCUGAAGUUGAGAAGCUUAACAAUGCCGUAGUCAAUAAUCUUGAUGGUGAAAAUUCUAAAAAUGGUACUGGUAAAGGCAAAGAAGAACAACAGCCUAAGAAGAUGAGUGUGAAGAAGACUAUGGGAAGAAUUAUUCCUGGUGAAGAUUCGGAUUCGGAUUAUGGGAACGUUGAGAAUGAAGGUGAUGAUCCUUUGGAGGAAGAGGAUGAUGAAGAGUUUAUGAAACGAGUGAAGAAAACCAAGGCCGAGAAACUAUCAAUAGUCGAUCAUUCGAAAAUUGACUAUCCUCCUUUCAGAAAGAAUUUUUACAUAGAAGUUAAGGAGAUUUCAAGAAUGAGUGCUGAAGAGGUUUCUGCUUACAGGAAACAACUGGAAUUGAAGAUCCAUGGAAAGGAUGUUCCUAAACCGAUCAGAACGUGGCACCAGACGGGACUGUCCUCCAAGAUGCUAGACACUAUAAAGAAACUGAAUUAUGAGAAGCCUAUGUCUAUUCAGGCUCAGGCUCUGCCAGUAAUUAUGAGUGGCCGAGAUUGCAUUGGGAUUGCUAAGACGGGUUCUGGUAAAACUCUGGCAUUUGUAUUACCAAUGCUGAGACAUAUUAAGGACCAGCCUCCUCUGAUGUCUGGGGAUGGUCCUAUUGGGCUGAUAAUGGCCCCUACGAGAGAGCUUGUGCAGCAAAUUCACAGUGAUAUUAAGAAGUUCACUAAGGCAAUGGGUCUUGUUUGUGUACCCGUAUAUGGAGGCUCUGGGGUUGCUCAGCAAAUUAGUGAAUUGAAGCGAGGAGCUGAAAUUGUUGUGUGUACUCCGGGCAGGAUGAUUGAUAUACUUUGUACAAGUGGUGGAAAGAUUACGAAUCUGCGAAGAGUCACUUACUUGGUCAUGGAUGAAGCUGAUCGAAUGUUUGACAUGGGAUUUGAACCUCAGAUCACAAGAAUUGUCCAAAACACACGGCCUGACCGUCAAACAGUCCUGUUCUCUGCGACUUUUCCUCGCCAGGUUGAAAUAUUAGCUCGUAAAGUGUUGAACAAACCUGUUGAAAUACAGGUAGGUGGUAGGAGUGUUGUGAACAAGGAUAUAACACAACUGGUUGAGGUGAGGCCAGAAGGUGAAAGAUUCCUUCGGCUCCUUGAAUUACUUGGUGAAUGGUAUGAAAAAGGAAAAAUUUUGAUCUUUGUUCACACACAGGAGAAAUGUGAUGCUUUAUUUAGAGAUUUGCUCAAGCAUGGUUAUCCCUGCCUCUCCCUUCAUGGGGCAAAGGAUCAGACUGAUCGCGAGUCCACCAUAUCCGACUUUAAAAGUAAUGUGUGUAAUUUGUUGAUUGCUACUAGUAUAGCGGCCAGGGGCUUAGAUGUCAAGGAGCUUGAACUGGUAAUCAAUUAUGAUGUUCCGAACCAUUAUGAGGACUAUGUUCAUCGUGUUGGUCGAACUGGUCGGGCUGGUAGGAAAGGUUGUGCCAUCACAUUCUUAUCUGAAGAUGAUGCAAGAUAUGCACCUGAUCUUUUGAAAGCUUUACAACUGUCAGAGCAAGUUGUUCCAGAUGACCUGAAAGCUCUCGCUGAUAGUUUCAUGGCGAAGGUGAAUCAGGGACUUGAGCAAGCACAUGGGACUGGUUAUGGUGGUAGUGGUUUUAAAUUUAAUGAAGAAGAGGAUGAAGUGAGAAGAGCAGCCAAAAAAGCACAGGCAAAAGAAUAUGGAUUCGAGGAAGAUAAAUCAGACUCGGAGGAUGAAGAUGAUGGAAUUAGAAAAGCAGGUGGCGACCUCUCUCAGCAGGCUGCCCUUGCUCAGGCUGCUGCUCUUGUUGCUGCUUCCAAAGCUCCAGUUUCAGCUGGUCAGCUUCUUCCCAAUGGUGGCUUGCCUGUUGCAUUGCCUGGUGUACUUGGUAUUAAUAUACCAGGUGCAACAGCAGCUGUUGCUGGAAAUGGACUGCCAAUUGGCUCUAAUGAUGUGACAGCCAGAGCAACAGCAUUGGCAGCUGCCUUGAACUUGCAGCACAACUUAGCGAAGAUUCAGGCCGAUGCAAUGCCUGAACAUUAUGAAGCGGAAUUAGAGAUAAAUGAUUUCCCUCAAAAUGCUCGCUGGAAGGUGACACACAAGGAGACUUUGGGUCCUAUUUCUGAAUGGACGGGAGCUGCUAUCACCACUCGAGGACAGUAUGUUCCACCUGGCAAGGCACCAGGGCUUCUGGACAGGAAGCUGUACUUGUUCAUUGAGGGGCCCACGGAACAAUCUGUCAAGAGAGCAAAAGCAGAACUGAAACGUGUUUUGGAGGACAUUACCAUGCAAGCAUCAUCUCUUCCUGGUUCUGCUCAGCCAGGCAGAUACUCAGUUGUAUAAGAAUGAAUGUCCUUGCCAUUUUUGUAAUGCUUCAUUUCUGACUGUUACAUAUUCCAGGCCAAUUAUUUCUUAAGUUUUGUUGCUUGUUCGAGAUGACGUUGCUUGUAAUGAUCUAUACAGGUUUAACAGGAUACAUGAUUAUUCUCCCUGUUAUUCUAAGUAUUAGCUUCUGAAAGAAAAAGCUCGACUCGACUCAAGGGUACUGAUAGCACUGGCCUGCCCGAUUUGAUUAGUCCGGCUUUGGCUAAGCCCUUGUUUGAAACAAAACUUGGGUUUUUCUUCUUCGCAUCACAUUCUCUCUGUUUCUUACUUCACUCUUUUCUUUCGUGAUUCCAUUGUUUGCUAUAUGAUUAUAUAAACUGUUAUUAUGAACUUGAAUUGCAACAGCCGCAGGGAGAUUACAUAGAGUUGCACAGGAAGAGAAAUGGGUAUCACUGAUAACUUUGAGCAUAAAUGCAACAAGGAGGAUCACAAGUGCUCGCGGACUACCUAAAAGGUAAAUGUGAGUGAGCUUGGUCUUGUCACCCCUGCUGGAAAAUUUGUAUGGGGUAAGGUGUGCUUUCGGUGCUUGUUACUCCUUCGUCUCUCUAGAUUUUUCUUUUAGUUGCUGCUAUGUUGUUUGGAUCCUCGAAAAUGUGGCUGAAUUUGACAUGGAUCACAAAAGGACAUUUUUGGAGGAUCCAAGCAAACAUAGGUUGCUGAUGAUUCAUUUCUCAGAUGGUGAAUGCAGGGAAACACAGCCCAAUUGACUAAUAAUCCUGAAAAUGAUGGUUCUAUCAAUGCAGUUUGCCUUGUAUAGUAGUUGAGUAUAGAGGAGAAAGGGGUCAAUUUUGUGUUGUAGAUUUGCAUAACUGAUCUAUUAGUCUCAUCAGAAUUUUCUGAUGCUGGUUUUGUAGUGAUGUAGAACACCUAAUGGAGAGGGAAAAAGGAAGUAUGAAGCAACACUUGAAAUCUAUCAUUCACUUAGUGGUG